AUGUACAAGGUUCCUCUUGAAUUCGACCAUACAAAGACGUUUAAGAGACGAGCUGACAUAAAGCCUUGGCUCUCCAAACAUCUUGCAAGGCAAAAUUUGAAAGUCGUUAUCGAACGGUCUGACAAUGUCAAGAUAGUGUUCAGAUGUAGGGAUGGGUCAGCCCACUGCCCCUUCAGGAUCAGAGGGAACCACUCGCUACGAACAAAAACAUGGUCAUUGCUGGUAGUGAACGACUUGCAUAACCAUCCUGUUGAACAUGGCUUUUUAUUAUCCAAGAAAGAACUCGAGGAUCAACAGGCUACAGAUAUGUUUGUCACGCUUACCAACCGACCUCACCCAGCAUCUCAGAACACGUCGCCACAGUAUGUCGAUAAGAUCGUGAAGAAGAUGAGUAAUGAAGUUGCUAAGGUUGUCUCGGUGAACAUAUGGCAAAACCAUAAUCUUAACCAUGAGCAGAAGGAGUCGGCGGUAGCCAGAUUUGUGGCUGGGAUGGUCGACGAGUACUUGGGAGAAGCCCCAAAAAAUAAUGGGGCUCCAAUGAUGCCAUUGUCACCCUUGCUAAAUGAACCUGAUAUGGGCACUCAACUUCCCGCUCUUGCGGUGUCUACCCGCCUGACAGGACCUUUACCUCCGUUUAAUUCACUUCAGAACCAAUUACCUCCCCUGCCUGGAGCCCAAUUUGAUGCUGCAAAAACUCUUAAUCCUACACAAUUAUUGAAAGCAGCAACUCAUGAUCUACGAGAGUUCAAAGUCGAUAACAUUGGGGCACCAUCUGCUCUGCUAUCACUGAUAGCACUAGGACAGAAUGCUCCUUCACCAGGAGACAAGAUUGAUGGUGGUCUUUUGGGGAACUUUAAUCUGAUUAACUAUCCAGGUUGGUAG